CAGAAUUCGAGCAUCUUAUCAUCUUCAAAAAGAAAUAUUGCACCCCCGCUUCUUCUUAGGCUCACAAAGAACUCAAUCUGCCACCAUGAAGUUCCUGCAUACCAUUGCCCUCAUUGCUACCUUCACCAUUGCCAGCGCUACGCCCACUGGUGACACUCCGUCCCAAUGCACUGCUGCGCAAGCCAAUAAAUGCUGCACUGGUUUGACUAACGGCAUUCUGAAUCUGAAUGUUCUUCCUGUGCUUUGUCUCCCUCUCGUGGGAAAUUGUAACAACCAGGCAGCCUGCUGCGAGACCAAUGGAAUUGGCUUGUUGAACUGCCUCACUGUUCAACUCUAAAUGACCAGACACUUGGAUACCAGAUGUCCAGUUUGAAUCAGACUACUGGGAUAAGGCUCGCGCUGGAGGGCAUGAAGCUUCUUGCUUGUUUGUUUUGCUUUUGAUGAAGUUAUGAACGCGAUGCAUCGCUUGUAUGGACACACUCAUUUAGCACCGGGAUUAACCCAAGCCAACAAUUCAACGUUGAAGUGGUUUAUUA